UGUGGUCAGUGGCCAAAGGUGAAGGAACAUAUAAAGGGCUGUCCUCGCUUCUGCAAUUUCUUGCAUCGAUUCCCUCUUGAUAUCGUUCUCCGUUGCUGCUGUUUUGUGCCCUAUCUUGCAACUUGAGGAAGCAUCAACACCUGUAACGAGCAAAUCAUUUCUCACUUAAUACAAUUGUCAUGGCUCCACAAACGCGCAGACAGAAACGGAUGCUUGAGAUGGAGGUCGCGGUUCCGCCACCUCCGAAACGUAGUAGAACAGCUUCGGCGGAGCAGCCGCAACAGGCUUCGCCACCCCCACCACCACCUCCUCAAGACGUAUUAGGACUGAUCGAUAUGCCGUAUGAUGUUCUCUUGCAGAUACUCCAAGAGCUGUGCCCGGCGGACCUGUUGAGCCUCGCUAGGGCAAACAAGAUUAUGCGGGCGACGCUGCUAAGCAAGACAGCGCGGCCAAUAUGGAGAGAUGCACUAGCACAGUACUCGCAGAACUCUCAUCUCCCUCCCUGCCCUGCGUGGCUCAGCGAGCCAGGUUAUGUGGAACUCGCGUUCGGACUGGACUGUCACAAGUGCGGCAGGAAGCAAUGCAGCCCCGGAGACACGAUUUGGCAGUUCGCAGCCAGAUACUGCCGUAAAUGUUUUCCGUCGAUGGUUACCAACCGCGAUGAGCUUCAGAGGAAAUCUUCGUCGAGAUAUACUGUCCUGAACAAGUUGCUUCCCGUAUGGCGUACAGAGAAACACGUAUACUACGUUCACACCAUUGAUGUACAAAUGUUGACCGCGAAAGAGUCAUUUCUCGAGAGCACCGAAUUGUCGACUGAGCUCAAGGAUCGCAAAACUAAUCGAGAGGAUGUCGGAGCCCUCGAAAAGUGGUCGAAAGACAGCGACCUCGUAUACCGCGAGAAGGCAACCCUGUUGAGAGGACGACGGAUAGAAGCUAUUGUAGAGCGCUUGAAAGUUAUGGGAUACGAACGCGAUGUCGCAGACUUGGGAGAAGAUUACUACGUAUUGCAACAGUUUCCGCCAGCGGGUAUCCCCGGAGAGUUGGAUGAUGCAGAGUGGGAAGAAAUCAAACCUGCGAUCAUAGAGCUCAUGAAGGAAAGGCAGAAGAUUCGUCAUUUCUGCGAGAAAGUGGAACUCAUCCAGCAGACGUGUCUAUCCGUUCUUGAGCGAGCCUUGUCGGAGUUGGGCACCGCGGACGCGCUUAAAGAACCAUUUCCUCACCCAAUGGACGUGGCCAGGUAUGAGGAGGUGCAAAAUGUGCUUGAAGGGCCAGGCGGCAUGACCGCAAAGCUUACAGCGUUGCGUAGAGUGCUGCCUAAGCAAAUUCGGGCCUGGAAGCGGGGUGUCCAAACAGCAUUGCAAGAGCGGGUUGGAAGUGCCGUGAAGAUUCCUCGCGUGUGCAGCCACAGCAAUCAUCUUCGACCACUUCAUAUGCAGCCGGCCAAGCUGGUCUUCAAGUGCUUGGACUGCGAUUGCCUCAGGCACUGGCCUGCUGUCACGGCGCACAGCCACCCAACUGCCGAAAACGAGCGGCAUCAGCGUCGUCCUUCCGAGCACAUGCGCAAGCUUCAUGGUGAACUGCCGACAAUCACAGGCUCCGCGUACACGGCGGCCGUUUACGGACGUUACGACCGUGGACAGUGGAGCGCGGACGACUUCAUUUACUGCGGGCGCCGCGCCGUCAACGUUUUCAGGGCAUGCUUGCAGGACCCUAAUAAUGUCACAAUUGGCGAUAUGGACGCAUUAAAUGUGAGGUUCUCGUGCGCUCUAUGUCAUGCGAAGUCACCGAGGACCAAGAUGAUCUGGAGCUGGCGGGACGCGAUCCAUCACUGUGCUGAUGAACAUGAUGAAAUGAAUGGGGCUCGGCUUACGUGGAAUCUAGUAAAUCUUGAAGAGACAGCAAUCGUCAAGAAGAAGCAGGCGGCCCGGAACAGGCAGUCAAGAAUGGAGUAUUCAGAUGCCGAACCAUGGAUGUGCACACAUUGUUACAGGGAGAUGAAAGACGGUAUACUUAUGACCAAGGAAGUGGCAGCCAGGCACGUCAAGAGAGUACACGGCGUUCAAAAACUGGGUGCCGAAGACAUUGUCAUCAAUCCAGAUAGGACUCCGUACUGGCCGCGAGCUGUUGAGCUGAUUGAUGACGGGCUAACCCGGUGGGAAGUAGAAGAAAUAGAAUCAGAAGAAAAGAUUGCGGAUAAACUAGCAGCGCUGAUUCCGCGACAUCUAAGUCCGUCUUGGAAUUGGCCGCCGCCGCACCGGCGGUACUAGUGUUAUCUCGUUCAUACUGUCAUUCCACGAACGAUACCAUAAUGCGAUGCAUCUAUUGUUUAAUGUCAAUAUAUUGGAUGUCUAC